AUGGGGGUGUUGAAUAAGCGGAGGGAUCGUUUGAUCCUACAGGGCAAGUCUAACUACGCGACGUGGUUGCCGGCCUGCGAAAUGGAACUUCGCGCCCAGGAAUGCUACAGCGCGAUAUCACGACCGGUGGUCGUCAAUCCAGAGUUGCUAGAUCGCGAAGCGCGAAGGAUUACGACGGCGGACUUCCUGGCACGCAAACAACCUCGACCUGAAAAGCGUCUUGAAGAUUCUGAACUUGCGGCAAACCAUGAGCAAUGGCUCGCUCAGGAGACGGACAAGUUUGAGAAAUGGGAGGCGGUGGACUCGAAGGCACAAGCCGUCAUUUACAAUCUCUGUGCCCAUCACGUCAAACCGCUCAUCGUCCAGGAAAAGACGGCGAAGGAUGUCCUUGCAAGGCUAAAGCAGGCUUAUGGACAGCAAGAGCAGAGCCUUGCGGCGGUCCAUCGUCAGGCGGUUCUGGUGAAUCGUUACUUUCUCAAACAGUUCACAACACUCGACGAAUAUGUCAACAAGUUGCGUGCCAAUCGCUCGAGUUUUGAGGCACUUGGGCACGAGUUCAAAGACGAUUUUUGGGUCUCCGUCUUCCUGAAUGGACUGGGCGAGGAUUAUGAGCUGGUGGUGUCACAGACUCUCGACACAGAAAAGGAUAAAGUGGCCUUUGACGAUGCAGUUCAGAAAGUCUUCCAGUAUGAUGUGGAAGGCAUCACAGGCAUCUGGCAAUAG